AUGGCUGCAGCUGAAAUUCUGGAAAUCGGACAAAUCAAAAAACUUACCGACAAGGACAACUUCCACCUGUGGAAAUUUCAACUAACGGUGGCCUUCGAAGCCAAGGAGGUGUACGGUGUAGUAACCGGAGCAGAACCAGCGCCUGAUGAAGAAAACGCCUUGGCGAAAUGGAAGGUAAAAGAUGCAAAAGCUAGAAAAUUAAUAGUUUCCACGGUAGAAAAAAAAGCGCUAAUACACAUAUUAAAUUGCGGGACGUCGAAAGUAAUGUUCGAGAAACUGUGUGCCAUAUGUGAACGCGACUCGGAACAGCAGAAAUUCGUAUUGCUGAGGGAAUUUUUUUCGUACAAACACGAUAAAACGGUCGACAUGUCGACAAACGUAAGCAAUCUUGAAAACCUCGCGGUGAAACUAAAGUUCUUAGGACACGGCAUAGAUGAGCUAACAUUAAUUUCGCAAGUGUUGACUAUGUUACCCUCGAACUACGGCUAUUUCUUGAGUGCAUGGGAAUCGUCAAAUAAAGACGAGAUGACUCUCGUAAACCUUACUGCGAGAUUGAUCGCGGAAAAGAACAGAUUUACGGCGGAUCAGAAAGAUGAUUCUGCCGUGACCUUUUAG